AUGCUGGAACCAAGAAAUUCAAGGGUGUGCGAUGGUGAUAUUGAAGAACUAUGGAAGAAGUGGAAUAGGGAGGUCUUCGGAAGAGUGGAAGUGGAUCUUAAAGAAAUUGAAGAGGAGCUCCUGGAACUUGAGAUGUUGAUUCAGCAAAAUUAUUCUUUGGAUGUGGAGGCAGAGCUUUUGAGAUGUAAGCAAAAGCAUAUUCAGUAUUUGCAUAGAGAGGAGAUAAUGAGAUGUCAAAAAUCAAGAAUUAAAUGGAUGAGUGAAGGGGAUAAGAACAUGGCUUUCUUUCAUGCUUCCCUGAGUUGUAAAAAGAAGUUUAAAGCAGUGGAAAAAAUGACUCUUGAAGAUGGUACCAUUAUGGAAUCAAGUGAAGCGGUUCUUGAGGGGGCAGUGGACUUCUUCCAGAAGCGGCUUUCGACGUUGGCUGUGUCCUUUGCGGAAACUGGUUUGAAUCUUUUAACCUCUAUUAUUUCUGAUACUGAUAAUCGGUUGCUUUGUAGAGUCCUUCACAUGCUUGAAAUUAAGGAGGCCUUAUGGUCCAUUCUGCAAGAUAGUAGUCCGGGGCCUGAUGGUUUUUCUGCAAGUUUUUUUCACCAUGCUUGA